AUGUGAUUGUAUUUUGACUUUUGACAUUGAAAACAAAAAUCUUUAGUUUAAAGCAGUAAGUUGUUGUGUAAGAAUUAAUGACAUAUUGAAAUCGUAUUUGAUAUAAUGUUGAGAAAUAUUACUAAACAUGUUGGACAGGAAUUACUACAAACUAAGCGUUCCGUCAGUGUCCCAACUGCAUUAUAUCAUGAAAACGUGAUUGACCAUUAUGAAAAUCCCAGAAACGUCGGUUCAUUGGACAAGAAUGACAAGAACGUUGGAACAGGACUGGUCGGAGCUCCAGCUUGUGGUGAUGUCAUGAAACUGCAGAUCAGAGUCGAUGAUAAUGGGAAAAUAAUCGACGCAAAGUUUAAAACAUUCGGGUGCGGCUCUGCUAUUGCAUCUAGCUCACUUGCAACUGAGUGGGUUAAAGGGAAGAAUCUGGACGAAGCUGGAAAAUUGAAGAACACCGACAUUGCAAAGGAACUUUCACUUCCCCCAGUCAAGCUGCACUGUUCCAUGUUGGCAGAAGAUGCAAUCAAGGCAGCGCUGGCAGACUACAAGGUGAAGCAGUCUGGAAAUGUGGAGAAGAAGAAGUCCUCAGCCUAAAUCAUGCAUACGUGACACUACUGGAUGAUGCAAGAUAAAAGAUUAUAGUCGGCUUAGAUAUCCAUGCCGGAUUGUAAAUUUUAUGUUAAGGUUUCAAUUAUGAAUAAGUAAAAUUUUGUUACAGUUGUAUGGAGUGUUUGUUUUAUAGCUGUAUUAAAUAUUGUAAAUGUAAA